AUGGCCAAAAGCCCGGAGGUGAAGCUCGCCGUCUUCGGCAGAGCAGGAGUGGGAAAGUCAGGUAAAUUGCCGUGUGUGUGUGUGUGUUUGUGUGUGUUUGACUAUCUCUCAUGCGAGAUCGAAAAGCUAGAAAACAGAUUUUUUCCUAAAGUUCCAAAAUAAAAAAAGAAACAGGCUGAUUUAAUGGAUACUGGAUUGUUUAGAGCAUUAAAUCAAAUCCAAAUCCAGGCCACAGAUUUGCAGAUGUGUGUGUGUUUUUUUCUCUUUCACAUUUUCUGCCUCAUUUAUGACGCUGCUGAGUUCUCAUCACAUCGUCUGCUUUCUAAUGUUGUCCUCCAUCAUCCUGUCAGUACUUUCGUACUCCCUGUAAUUUCUCCUCCUUCUCUGUUUUGUUUUCGUAGUCAACACAAAAGUAGGAGGUUGUUUUUGAUCUUGCUUAAAGAUCAUCACUCCCACAGAUAAGUCAUUCGGGUUAUUAUCAUUCGGUUUCACCACCUCUGGCUCUCUGUAAGCUGCAGCAGCUCGGCCUCAGCCGGAGUACUGUAUGUUUUUCUCCAGUAGCUAACACAAUAACCCAGACCAUAUGUUUCCUGGUGACUACAAAUCAAGAAAGAUUGCCUCUUUGUAGCAAUCAGCUGUUCGAAAGCAUGCUUUGGGAUCUCUUCCAUGUCGAAAGAGGUGAUUAAAAUGCCUGAGGAGGUCAGCUCGAGUACCAUACAGAAAAGUAUACUGAGUGAGGAGUUCAUAACCUUCAGCUGAAGAGUGCGGUUGUAAAACAUGGUGGUGAGACUGACAGUGUUUUACAUGCAUGUGGAAAACUUGUUCAAGGAUUACAGACCUUCCUGCUUCGGCCUCCUCUGGUAUAAAAAGGCUGCUGUUGGGUCCACUUAUCUCUUUCUGAUGUAACAAAGGUCAUCCACUCAUUCAGAUGGCUUCUAACCUGGACCACCUCGAACCUCCAACCCCAUUUACAAUACAAAGAGUUGAGUGCUUUGAGUGUUUUAUUUUGCAGGUGUACUGGGAAAUGGCUUGACACAACCUUACAUCUAAUCUUGGUACUACUUACAAAGGUAAUAUUAUUCAUAUAAAUGUAAGCUAAAAGUUAAAACUUGACUUUGAGUUUUUGCAUCAUAACAGGUGUCCCUUCAAAGCAUUGUUUAUUUGCCAUUAGUGACAGCUGUGGAAAGUUUAUGUUUGGCCAAAGACAUAAAGGUGUAUCCUCUGGGGACAAAAACUGUCUGAGUAUAAUUCAGGGUAACAGGGUUGUAUACUGCUGUUGAGAUGUAUUUGUUGUCAAGAAGCCACCUCACUGGGUGCCUUUUCUAAUAGGAAAAAAGUAAAAAUGUGGCAUCUGGAUGCUCUUCCUUAUGAAUAAACAGUAAAAAAAAAAAAGGCCUGGUCGAUGCUCCUUCCUGUUGAUGAAUGAUAAAAAAAAAGCCCUGUGGAUAUCCUCCCCAGUGGAUCAAGUGUAAAACCCUAACCCCCUUAACCCACACUCUAACCCUUUUGGAUGCCCUACCGGAAGGGUAAAUAAAAAAGAAAUGCCCUCUGGAUUAAAGUGACCAGAUUUCUGUAAUGAAAUCCGGGGACAUCUGGAGCAGGACAGUAGCGGAGGCAUGGGCUGCUCGGCACUACUUAGUAGCAGCGCACAGCCGUAAUAACCCCCCAGAAAAACUGUUGUUCAGGACUGCGUGCAACAUGCUUACUCAUGCUUCCUAUCUCCUCAGCUACCGUAAUAACCGUUGUACUAGUCUACACGCAACAUUUCUGUUCUCAUUCAUGAAACACUUAAAUCUGGGGGACGUUUCCGGGGACAGCUUUCGCUGGGAACAGGUCAUCCAAUACGAGGACUGUCCCCGGACAUCGGGAAUGUCUGGUCACCUUACUCUGGAUGCCCCUUAAAAAACAAGAGGAAAAGAAUAACUUGAAAGAGUUACCUCUGGAUGCCCUCCCCUGUGGAUAAAAGGUAAAAAAGUGUCCCUUGGAUUCUCAUCCCAGUAGAUUAACAGUAAAAAUACCCUGUAAAUGUCCUUCCUAGUUGGUAAAAAUGAAAAAAUGAGCCCUCUAGAUGCCUUUCCAGGUGGAUACAAAAUAAAAAGUGCCCUCUUCAUUCCCUUCCUGGCAGAUAAAUUGUGAAGUAUCUUCUUGAUGCCAUACCUAGUAAGUUGAAAGUGAAAACACUCCCAACCACUCACACUGUCUCCUGAUUAUCUGAGCACAGCCUUGACAUCAAUGUUCAAGUAUUUAACCAACUAAUGAUCGAGCUCUGUUGAGUGACGCUUUUAUCUUCCUGCCUAAAAUAAUCCCUUUAAACACCAGCUCUUCACGUGGACAUUUGGAUUUCACAUGCUAACACUCGAUUCACGCGGCGUGCUUCCCCUUGUUCUCUUUGAUACACAAAAACAGACAGUACAUGAGAACAGCAGGACAGUAGUCAUUGUUGUUGUAUCUAAAGCUUUAAGUGGACCUGGUGAGCUCUUUAACAAUGAGCAUCUAAAAAUAGGUCUAUAGUGAGAGACAGUCUACAGGCGCUAAUUAAUUGUUCCUUACUGUUUUAGCUAACAUAGUGUUUUGAGCUGUUAAAUAAAUGCAAAACCAUCUGGAUUUUAUUUUAGAUUUUAAAAGCUGGCCCCCUACAUUUAGUCACAGAGAAGUUUAACAGCACUUUAUCAGUCUGUACAAGAUUCAUCAGCCAAUCUCAUCCCUACAGUCUUUAAUAAAACAAAUAUACCCGCUUAGCAAGACUUCAUUUCCCCGAUUUUUAACGCUCCAGUGUCUUUGUUUUGGUGUUGCACACUAGCGUUAGCGUUCAUGUGAGGCCAACAAUAUUUUAAGUGGACCUCGGUGUAUUUGUGCUUGAAAAGAUAAUUCACAUCCAGCUGCUUGUAACUCUGCUGAAUGGAAAAAUGUGUUUGUAACAAGACGACCUGCUGGGUGUUUUGGCACUGAUGGGGGUUUGCUGGAGCCCAGAUGAUGGUCUGACCUGGACUCCUGCAGAGCCUUCCAGCUCUAAUGAAGAGCAGAGUACACUACUGAGAGCGUGUCUCUUCUGGCACUCUGCAGCCUUUGGUUUGUUGACUCAGAGGAGGGAAACAGGGGGCUAGGAAAUCAGAUAAAUUAUCUUAUUUGCUUUACCUCAACUUGGCCCUACAGACUUUUUUAUGAGCAUAAACUCACAGUAAAAGAAAACUUUUAGGAGACAGCAGAGUGAAAACUCUGUCCUAAAGGCACAUUGGAAACAGAUGAUUCAUUGACUGCUACCGACACAACAUUUGAAUUAAGAGAUUUUACACUUUCUUUUGCUGAUUUAGCACCAGAAAACUGAAAAUUGUCAUGUUCAUUUAACAUUUAUAAAGCCUGACUGAUAAGGUGAUGCUCUAUCAGGGAUGAUCUUGCAUUGACAGGGCUAACGUAGAUUAAAAAUGUUCAAAAUGACAGAUUUUCUAGUCCUUGGUCUAACUGAUUCGUCUUAGGUUAGAAAACACUCAGAACUAAAUGCUAGCCCGCAAGGUCUGUGGGUAAACAAUGUCAAACUGGUUUGCUGAGUGGAUCACCAGCCUUUAGUCCUCAUUGUAAGUUAUGUCUGUUUUGUUUACAUGCUGCUCUAGUCAGUUAUCUAGUUUCAGCGGAUGUAGUCAGAUCAUGCUGCGCUGCAAGUAGGGCUGGGCGAUAUGGGAAAAAGUUUAUCACAAUAUUUUUUUUUCAUCUCAGUCGAAAUCGAUAUAUAUCAUGAUAUAAAAAAUUAAAUUUAACACUGCUUAUUGGUAGUAUGUCUUUUGCAAUACAAUAAGCUACUGCAUCUCUGUGGUCUUUGUGUUUCUCUGACGUUUUGUCGUAAGGGGCAAGAGAAAGCAAACUGAAUGGUCGGCUGUUUCGGCUGCACAGGCACCAUGGGCUCCUUGCUCCGCUUGGGGUUUGUAACCUUUUGCAUUACACGUGUUCUGCCGCGUGGCACUGCUUCAGGUGGUGAAUUUGGAGUAAUUUGCCAUGCACAUUAUUCUGCUUCAUGUCCAACCUCAAAAAACCAAAAACCUCCACACAAUCGACAUUUUUGUGCCAGUUUUGUCGACAAUGUCAUCAUCUGUUGAGCCUUCAUCUGCAUUUCUGCUGGGGGUAGCGCUCAUGUGUUCUUUUUUUCUCACCGACACUGCUGUUGGCUUCACCUGUUAAAGUGCUGUGUUGUUAUUUUAUUGCCCUGCCCUAGCUGCAAGGUACAUCUGUGCCUGUUUACAUACUGGUAGUAGAGCAAUAUAUGUAUUAUUUAGCGGAGCAAAUGCACACAUCCUUUUUGAGUAUAUUUAUAGAAUUCAAAAGGAACGUAUGGUCCAUAAUGCCUUUUUAUUACUUUGAAAACAUGUACAAUCACAUACAGAGAAUAGAGAGCCUCAGACAUUGUUUGGCUGGUGGAUGUGAUGGGAAAAUUAACUUUAUUGGGUGUGAAUCUCUGGCUCAUAAACAUCUUGUCUGGUCGCUCCUAAAACACCCCUCCUCUCCUCCUCUGCUCUCCUCCUCCUCCUCCUCCUCCUCCCCUCAGUCUUCCUGACAGCCAGAAAAUACAACAAUAACAAAAACCCGAGCCAGCAUGAGUCGGCCUCAGAAAUACUACUGUUUACCACCUCCAACGCAGUGAAGGGACAAUGAAUCAGCCAAAAGUACAUGUGGGACUGAAGUAUGAUGUAAACAGUCAUUCAGAGGGCACAGAGCCAUAAAAACAAACACAAUACUGGACAGAAAGAAGUACAGCUACUGUGUUGAACUAAGAAGUUAUUUUUAAACUCUAAGAAGAAGCAUCUGUCUCCAUUUUCUGUGAGAAUAAACCGUCUUAGCUGAGGUUUUCUGAAGUGAUUUAAUUCUGUUAGGAGCCGCUGGAUUUGCCCUUUCCUCCUGUUUGUAAUUUAAAAUAUCUGUUUGUAUUUUAUCAAUCUAAUCUCUUUCUGGUGGAAAACAAUAUUUUGUCUCUACCUCGGCGCAUCUCAUUUGCAUUUUUCUGUUGUCGAGUUAAUGUUUCGUCAGCUGUGGAAAGGCAACAAGUCAUCUUUCAGUUUGACAGUGCCUCUCUAUCAAUAUUCGACUUUCUGGCUCGGAGCCCAUCAGUAUUUCAUGCAUACUCUGAAAGCUUGAUGUAGACCACAAUCUGAGCAGUUUUCACCAGUUGGUUACAUCUGGGAAAUCUGGGUUCACAAAGUCAUUUGGGGUUAAGAUCAGAGUGACACGUCUUUGCUUCCUCUAGAAAACGUGGACUUACUGUAUGUCCUUUUCAGAUGCUGAAGUGAGACUGUUUUAGGCCUGGCAUGCACUGAGCAAGUUGAGGUCUGGAACCAAUCAUGUCCUGACCAGCUGCUUCUGAUGGUCUGGAUGAAUUUCUGGUGCGUCUGAAAAUGUUGUCAGUGGGUGGUGCACAUCUCAUAAUUCAUAUUUUUGUUUUUGCUCUAGUUGUUCCGAAGUGGAGGCAGGGGUGUUGUCUUUCUACAUUUACUAAUACAUAUACUAAGAUAAUUCGAAAUACAAUGAUUUAAUGACAUGGUCAGGUCUGUUAUUUCAAUUAUUAUUUGACUGAUUGCAGCGACAACAAUUAGUACCAGUCUUACUAUCAUUAUCACUAUAAAAAGCUAACAUUUAACCCCUUCUGCUUCAGUCAAUUUAAGUAAUUCCAAUUGCUAUUAUUAUCUUCAAAUUCAUUACAAAAACCUAUUUCUGCUGUUUUAACUUCAACUGCCUUGAAUUAAGCUAAACCUUUUAUCAUUAUCAUACUGUUCCUGUAAAUAGCGCACAUACUUGUCUAUUAUUGUUGACACUUUUGGGUGUGAACUCUUGUCCACAGAGUUCACACUCACAGUCUGGGCAGAUAGCUGUCUAACAAGAGUUUGGUCCUGCUCAAGGUUUCUGCCUUCUAAAUGGAAGUCUUAUUUCUGUAACUUUCUGGAUGCUGUGAAGCGUUUCGCUCAUGGUGGAUUAAGAUGGAUUUAAAUGGAUCUGAUCUUACUAGUUUAGACUUAGCUUUAUCUUGAUGUUGUAUCUUUUUGUGAAGCAUCUUGAGACAACAUUUGUUUUGAGUCGGCGCUACAUAAAGAUUGAUUGAAUCUUGAAGUUAGGAAUAAAUAUACUUUGCAAAAGACACUCCACCACCACAGUUAAUACAAUUGUAAUCACCAUGCUGUUUUGCUUUUCCUACCUGUUCAUCUGCAUCCGCUUGAUGGUACUUGAACUCUGUGGAGCAAGUCCCAUAAGCCGCCACUCUAAUGAGGUCAAGUGUUCACAUUCAGGUUAAAAAUCUUCCCCAUUAAGCUGCAGAUCAGGUGUGAUCUCAUACUUAUUGCUCAGACUGAGCUUGGUUCACAGGUAAGCAUACGCAGUCGUGUUUAUACGUGUCAAGUAUCACAAUAAUUCAACUUAUUGAAGGCCUUUGAGUGUUUUUAACGUGUAACAGUGAAAGACGAAGACAACGUACAAGAUAACUGCGCGUCUGUGAAUGAUUCUGUCAAUAUUACUUUGUGUGCUCAUGAUAACGGCUUUGAAAUAGGCUUCCUGCAGAAAAAUGGCACCGCCAACCUUUUACACUCAAAUUACUGUCGCACUGAUCAUGCUGUUUCCAAAAUCAACUUCCUGUGAUGCCUGCCGGAGGAAAUGAAAGUCCUGGAAAAUAAUCAAAUAACAUCCAUCAGGGCCCUCUGCGCGGAGAUCCUCGCUCUCAACGGCCAGGCAAUUAACGGGACGCAGAGGCACAGAGAUAGACCGCUGCUCGGGUUUCCAGGCGCACGGUUGGCCUUUGACAGCAGGAAGAGCGCUCAGCUGUGAAGUUGGCUGCCUGUUUGACUCCCACGGUUACAUUGUCCGUGUGGGACCGAGUUAGCAGCCGUUAGAUGUGACUCAUCAAAAGCAUUAUGCUGCAGCGUAAGCGUGUCAGAGGUAGAUUUUACUCUUUGAGACGAGGUACCUCAGUGACUUCAGUGACUUUUAUGUACCAGAUAGUGUUAUGUAAGACUUUCCCAAAGCCUUUUUUCUCUUUAAUUACGAGUAUCUGUUAAAUACUCGCUCAGACUCAGAGCUUGUGGCUUCUAUUACUGAAGGGAUACUGUAUGUUAACAUUUUAGGGAGGUUUGGUUUGCAUUUUAAGCGUUUGUGGCUGUUUGUGACUGCCUACCUUUUGCUGUUAGAGGUGUUUAAAUAGAUUGACUCAAAGUUUUCCUUCAUUAUCACCUUUUAAGACAAUGCAAUCAAACCUUGAACAGAGACAGCAGAUCACUGACCUUAAACUUCCUCUGAUUAGAUCAAGUACACCCAUCAGUAGUAACACAAUGACUUUUGUUCAUAUGAAACGAUUAAAGGCACAAUGGGAAGUUUUUAACUGAUUGAAUUACAGACUGAAACUGAUAUGACCAUCUCUAUUUGACCUUUAGACCAUCAGCAACAAGGAUGACAGACCCUCUGUUGUAAUUUUCAAUGGCUAGAUGUCAGACAAGAUGAUUGACAGAACUCUGAAGAAAACGCUUUACAACAGGAUGAGGUUUUUGUCCGGAAACACUACUAACACGCUAACACAGUGGGUGUCAACAAUGAUACAACUUUACGUUUAAUGGUGAUUCUUACAGUGACAUAAUUAUUUGAAUGAUAGGAGGUAAGAGGCAGAAGUGUCUAGGAAAGAAAUAAUGUGUAGUUUAAGGGCUGUCAUACAAGACAAUUGUCCCAACUUUUAAAGGAGCAAUAGAUCAGUCUGACACCCUGUGUUUAAAACUGGUAUUGCAGUCCACAUCAAAACAAUGGAAAAGAGCCGUUUUUCUCUACAGACCCAUGUAAACAGUCAAGCGUGUUGAUAAGCUCACGUCAUAAACGAGCUCCUGUUACUUGCUGCCUUGUUAUGAUGUCCACUCCUAGUUUAAGACAUGUUAAUUCGAUUGAGUCUUUUUCUGAACCAGCUCACUUGCCCACUUCCAUUGCUGUGACAGCUGUCAGUGUGCUGUGAAAACUAAUGAAAAUGGAGGAGAAAUACCGGCUGUGAGAUAUAUGCCAUCGAAGUUAAAAUCUUAAUUAUCUUUUGACAAUGUUUUCACAAUAUUUCAACAACCCAUUUUGCAAAAUCUGAAUACAUCACAAAUCAAAUUCUGGGUUAGUGAUUUGUUUUAGUGCAGUGACUUUCUUUGCAAAUUACCUGAAAACAUACAGAGUUUGAAUCCUUUUUUGUGUGUGUUUGUGCGCAUGAGUUAGCAUUGACAUGCAGACAGCAGGGUAUGAGAAAGGAGUUGCUACUACAUUAAAAUGCACCAAAACUCAGCAUUUGCAUUUACACAGUUGCUUUACUGACAUGGAGUAGGAGACAAAAUCGAUACAGCAUAGUAUCGUGACAUUUUCUCUGGUGAUAUAUCGUAUCGUCUCAUUUACUAAGUAUGGAUUUUUCAAAUUAGUUGCCAAUAUGAAGUCAAAUCUGUGAAAAUGGAAAAAUAAAAUCCACUGUUUGUCCAGUGAGGUUUGCAGAGUGGACAUCAUAGAGCAGGAGAGAGUUAGUACAACAAAAAUAUAUAAAAUUAGCAAGAUGUGCUACAUGAAAAUAAAAUUUUGUGUAAAUAAGACGAACGUAAAGGAAAGCCGAAUUCUAAAUUAGCUAAAUAGUUGAAAAAAAUGGAAUGAAUUGCAAUAUAUUGUAUCCCAAUACUCACUGUACUGCAAAAUGUUGAAAAUCGCAAAAAUAUCGUAUCGUGACCCAAUAUCGUAUUGUGGGGGCCACUGGUGAUUCCAACCCCAAAUGACGAUUUUGACACCUGUUUGGUCUGAAAGGAACCUGCUGAUUGGCUAAAGCCUGUUAAAGCUUUUGUUGCUCUUUUUUUUCUUUGAAAUGGACCACUUUAAAAGAAAAAAAACUGGUAGCAGAUGUAGAUCUAAAUACUUACUCUGAAAAAUCCAGGGAGUAGAGCACUACAGUAGCACAGCAGAUGAUAAAAGCUGCCCUCGCUGCUCCUCAAAUGUCCUCACCUCUACUUUACAGUUGUUAUGUUCAUGUAGCGUAGCAGACAACAUCAUGUAUUGUUCAAGUGUCCUCGAGUAGAAAUGAAAAAAGCAUAUUUGUUUGUAUGUCACCUGAAGUGAUGCACACUCUUCAUCCGUCAUAUUGAGCACCAUACCAGUCCCUCUGUUUCUGCAGCCUGCGGCUUUAUUAAAGUGUCAAAGAACCUGAAUUCCCUCGAUGUUCACACUCUCAGCUCGCCUUCCUCCACCUUCCUUCGCUUCCGUCACUCUUGAACUUAUUAUCUGCCACCUUAGGCCAUCCUUUCUCCUCAGAAAGGAACAGGGAGUCUCUGCCGCCCACCUCAUCUCUUGUAACUCUCUGAGGGCCAAUCUGUCUGUUUCAAUGUGCUUACCUACACCACUAUUCACACCUAUUCACUGUAUGCACACUCAUGCAGCUUAAGCUAAAAAGAGGAUUUCAUUCUGGACUGAAGAGCCGCAUGUUUAUUGUUGUGUGCCUCUUGACUGCAUAAAUAGCAAAUUAAUCAAUGUUCCGUUUACAUCCGCAAAGACAGAGUGGAUCUAUAAAGGGUAAUGAUGGUGUCACAGGAAGGUGGGCGUCUCCCGUACUCAUGCGUAUUCCUACUGUUAGACUAAUUUUAGAGCACACCUCUGACUUCUCUACGCCUCCACGUAUCGUCCAUUGUCUGACUGCCGCUGCUGUCCUUGACCAGAGUGAGUCAUCUCUGGUUAUUUCCUCUUUGCUUUUACCAGCUUUUUUACUAGCCGGAUUUUAGCAGCACUUUUAACAUUUCAUGAUAGAUCCAUUAAGCUGCAAUUUUCACAGCUGAAGCCAAAUGCUGUUACCCGGGUUAAUGUUUAAUAUUCAGCUCCACUUUCAGCCAUAUUUGAUUUAUUCAUCACCGCUCCCUCCCACCUCAAAACCUUUUCUCAGAUCAGUUAUAUAAUAUUUUCAACUUUUAUGUAAAUUACUGCCAAACUUUGAGCUUAACCCUGCAUACAUUUAUCCAGGAUUAGUCAGUUGCUCUCAGAUUUUCCUUUUUUACUGUUAUUAUUGUUGCGCAUCGUGAUUAUUGUUAUGUAACACAUUACACAAUCACUGUGAGCUAUAGGGGUGGGAAUCACUAGCGGCCCCACGAUACGAUAUCAUCACGAUACUUCGGCCACAAUGCAAUAUUACUGUGAUUUUUAACAAUUUACAAUACAGUGAGUAUUGCAAUACAAUAUGCUGUGAUUUAAACAAUUUUUCCAACUGUUAUUAGCAUAGAUUUUUACUUCAUAUUAAUAAUUAAUUUGAAAAAAAUCGAUACUUGGUAAAUGAGACGAUAUAUCACCACAAAAAUAUUGCGUUUCUAUGCUACAGGGCCCAACCGAUUUAUCGGCGAGCCAGUUAAAUCAGCCAAUUUAAGCCCAUUUGAGACUAAUCGUAAUCGGCCAAAACUCCAAAAUAAAAUGCGGAGAAUAAGAUUUGGUUUCACUUUGAAAAUGUUCCACUAUUUGAAAAGUUCCCCGACUUAUCCUGUAGAUGGCGCAGCGACCUCAUCCACUAGUUACCUCACAGCACAGCAGAGUGACGGAUCUGAAGCAGACAGCUCAGGGACGCACGGAGGAGAGUGGUCCGCCUCAACGGUAAAUAAACCAGUUUGUGAAGUAGACAAUAAGUUAGCAAGUUUUAGUUCAAACCACUUCACGAUGUUCCCCGCUGUGCUGGUCUCCGUCAUGCCGGGUAAAUGGUGAAGCACCAUGUAAUAUGCAAGCUAAAGUUAGAGUUAGCCACCUGCUAUUAGCCUUGCUACACUGUUAGCCGUGACAGUAACGGUAGAAUAAACAACAGUACACAUUACGUGAUCGAGCUACUCCUCUUACUGAGAUGAGACCUGAUGAGACCGGAAAUGAGCAACGUGAGUUAAGACGCGGAGGCACCGAUUGGCGGGAGGAUGUGUGUUGAAAACGCUUUUCUGGUCCGAGUUUGAUCAGUCAGUUUACUGUAGAUAUACUGUUUGAUCACAGUAUAUCUACAGAUAUACUGUUUAUUUUUUAUAACUUCAUAAAAAAUUUUAAAAAUCGUCCGAUCAAUCGGUAAUCGGACCCCCCUCCCCCCCCAAUAAUUGGUAUCGGCCCCAAAAUAUCCAUAUUGGUCGGGCCCUACUAUGCCAUAUUGAUUUUUUUCUCCCACCCCUAGUGAGCUGCAGGGAUAACUACUCCAUAAAAAGCUUGAUAUUUUCUCCGUCCUCUUGCAUCACUCCAGGUAGAUUUUCAUGUCAGGGCUCUAAAUGAGUAAAAAAAAUUGGACCACACGCCCCUGUCUUCUCCCUAUGGAAAUUUACUGUCAAGUGAAACUCCACUCCAAUAAUGAGCAGGUUACUCGUACCCUCCCUUCACAAGUGCAGCCUGUGUGAUACUGUCAUUGUUAACGAGCCCUGGCGGUACUGCAACCAGCCCGGCCCGGCCCACUGGGGAAAUCUCCUUGUUGUCCUGAUUAGCCGCUCUAGGCCCAGACAACACAUUUGUUAUUUAUUUGUCAUCAUUCUCACCUGCUUCACGGACCCCGAGUCCUCUCCUUGAGCGAGCAUAGAUCCAAUUCUGCAAAUCCGUCAUUUUGGGAGGAGGCCAUUGUGUUCAAAGGAUAAUACACAGGUUGAAAGUCUCAAGUGUAAAAAUAGGUACUUUCCUUGUCCUCAGCUUCUUUUGUACACAAUGACUCACCUUUUUUUGUGUGUAAUCACACUGAAAAUCGCUCCUCAAGGUGUGGUUGCCCUCCUCUGCCUCUCUCAUGGCUUUAGAUGAAUAGAGCUGCAGUGCUAUUGUUAGAGACUAAAUUAAAGGGAUGAAUGCGGUGGAAGGAUCCCCACGCCCUUCCCGUCCUGGCCCGGCGACUGCAGGCUCCUGUCUUUUUGCAUCUUCAGAUAUGUGAAAUCAAAGCCUCUCUGGCGUCCCAUUUAACGGAGCCGCAGGGCCCUGAGGAGAAUGACUGCCUCUCUCUCUGCCAUUGUGUUUGAGCCGAGCUCGUCCAAAGUGCAGCAGAGGGGAGUUUUUCUGACCUUUACAGUCACUCAAAGUGAACUUGAUAUGUUGAGCACUCUUCAGAACUCAAGAGGGAAAAUAAGUCCCCCUCCUUUUAUCCACAUACUGGACUUUCCUAUGGAUUAACAGACUUCUGGCCUACUGAUCACAUUCAUAUUCUCCUUCAUAUUCUCCUUAAUUACAGAUAAAGCACCAACAUUUAAUACCUGCCUGCAUUUGCGUGUGUGAGAAAACUUGAUAGGAGCUGCCUCAGCCACCUUCGCCUGCUGCCAGUGUUGUCAUCACACUUGAGGAGCAUGCUCAGACUUGGCUCAGCGUCUGAGUGUCUCUCAGGCUGGUGUAUUUUAAAGCAAAAGCCAGGCAAAAGCAGACAAAUAAAGACAAGAAAAUCACCACAAGAGUGAAAGGAGAGAGGAAAGAGUGUGUGGAGUCGGCUGGUGAAAAUGUAGACCUUCACAAAUCAAUUGAACUGUUUCUUUAGCUGCUUGGCCUCACCGACUUCAGGCAAUAAAAUUUAUCAUGUAAAUUUGUCAAUCUUGUUGCUGAUGCUCUAUUGUUAUAAAAAAGCGUCAUUAUAAUUUCAUUCUGUUUCAUAAAUGUCCAAAAACUGCAGCUUUAAGUCAAACCUGCUUUUAUGUUUAAUAAGUUUUGCCUUCUGUCUUUGAGCACUUUCCAUCAUCUUGAGUCAUGGUUUCAAUCACACAUUAUUUUUCUGGGUUUGUAUCACUGACAUAAGCUUGAGUAAAAUUUCUGUGUAUCUUAAUAAAUGCAGUAAAAUAUAUAAAGGUUUCUAACUAGACUGUGAACAAUGCAGAAGAGACAGACUAGACAAUCAGGCCAUUUAUUAGCAUUUUGAUGUAAUUGGUAAUCCAAUUGAAAAUGCAUUUUUCUCAUCACCUAUCAAGAGCAUUUUAAAUAUAUAAAAUAGGAACUAGAAAAGAACUUUAUUCCCAGCAGAAUCUAAAUACAUACUGUGUCAUCUGUUUUUUCUUUAAAAGCCAGGGCAAUCUAUAUGUAAGGUUAAAUUAAUAUUGGUCCUUUACUGGUCGUGUGCCAACUUAAAUGAUUCAACGCAGCUCUAUGCAAAGAAGACAAAAUCAGGUGAUUGUGUACAAAUAGAAAAGAGUGAUUUAAUGCUAGCACACCUCUGUGGUUAACUAUGUAUUCUUAGUUAAUUAUGACUUUUAUAUUCCGCUGUAAUGAUUCAAUGCAAAAGUCUUUUUUCUUCAUCUGUAUCCAUAUUUUGCAGGUAAAAAAAAGCAGGCAAAAAGCUGUAUUGUGUAGUCAGAGCAUGAUCAAAGCACGAUUGGAGUUUAUCUCUAUGUAGCAUUUGUUUUUAUGCUUUUUCAAGAUCUUUUCUUUCCAUAUAAACUGAUAAAGUUGGAAGAAGAAAAUUGCAAUUGCGUAGUUAAGAUAAAUGGUCCCAUAUGAAAGGAUAACAGAGCUGAACAUAAAGCUGAUGGCCAAACUGACUGAGGCUAAAUGCUAAUCUAAAUGCUAAUCGAUCCUUGUAGGGCUGUAAUACAGUUACUUGAGAUUGCAUCUUUUUCCAUAAUGUGUUUACAUUAUCUUUUCUAGCCCCUGUGGUCAAAUCACCAUUUCCCAAAGAUGACUUGAAAAAGCCAUUUCCAUGAGAUGGAGCUGCAGACAGAAACUCAAUCAGUAGAGCUUAAUAUCGGUACAAAUGAAUCAACCAAGGAGGUUUUGGUUCGAGGCUCUGAUUGGCUCUCAGCAGGACGUCUUAAUCAAAAAAGUGCACCAGCAAAUCCAGACUCAAAAAGUUUUGAGGCCUAGUUAUCAGCAAGUGCUCUGCACAGCUAAAGCACCCACAUGUGUCACAGGGAUCUCCCUCAGAGUGUGUUUGGUUAACGAUGACUAAUGUAGCCUUGAGCAGAGAUGAGUGGCAGGAACCAGAGGUCUGAUGAGAUCACCUCUUUCACGCCCUCGCUCUAGCUCUCCUUUAUUUCCUGUGUUAUUUUUCAAGAUUUGUCCAAGGUUAGCAUAAGCACGAUAGCAAAGUUUUAAUCAAAUGAGAGGCUUCUAUGAGGAGUUUUUGGUAACUUAUGAAACUGACUUAACAUGAAAAUUAAUAUCCCUUAAUUGCUAAUAAAAACAAACAAGACCACCAGAGAAAUGACAGACUAUUAACUCUUAUUUUUUAUGUCUGAAACCGCUGCCACCAUGAAGAAGGUGUCAGACAUGUGAUAAACUACACGCUGUCUUAACAGCCUUUUAACUAUAAUCUCCUAAGAAUCUGUAUAAGUGAUUCAGCUGCUGAUUAAAAUAAACUAGAUUGAGUUUUUGUUCAAUAAUAACUAAUGAUGUUGCAAGAUAGGGAUUUUUACGAGUCAACACAGACCACCAAAGAUAUCUCGAAGUUUCAUACCAACAGAAUUGCACAUUUUUAUCUUGCAUUUUGGUGUUUUAAAACGUGUUGUUAAUGUUCCCCUGAAGUUAAAAAAGACCAAGACCUAGAUAGAAAUGACGACUGUCCAAACAUGAGCUCUGAAAAGCCACAAUAAAGUCCAUGGUUUAUGUGACACAUUGUUAAAUUGCUGCUUUUUUUAUAAGGCUUUGGUGAUCCCAUGUCUGUGUUUGUCAGACAAAAGCUGAAUUCCUCAAACAGGACUUUGUUAAUCCUCAAACAUUCACUCAAAAUAAUGCAGAUCACCGCUCCCUGUUUCACCAACAUUACCUUCAAAGCUAAUUACGACGCACAUGAUGGCAGCAAAUCCCUCUGCAUUAGAGAUUAGAGAGGAAAUGAUUUAAUGGCUCGGGAGAGAAAACAUUGCGUCUGAUGGUUUAAUUGCAGCUUGAUUUAUUAUGAGAACUUGGCUUGAGGCAACAAAACCAAUCCAGCUUUCAAAAUGCCAAAUUGUGACACAGGGAUUGUGUUCACUGCACAACAAAUUAAAUGUUAGGCUGUCUGCCAAAACCACAAACUGGAGGCUGUUCACUUUGAUAUUUACGGAGAUGGAUUCAUUUUCUCUGCUGGUGUCCUCGCGGGCCGCGCUGGGGCGAUCAUGCUUAUUACGAGUUUCAGACGGCCAUUUGUUUCAGUGGCUUUUUUAUACAAUCGCUUUUUCUUUUGUCUGUUUUAAUCAGGUGGAGAUAACGGUUGGAAAUUAGGAAUAAGUAAUCAAUGGGGGCCCAUGCAAACCCUCACAACACUGAGGUGAAGCAUCCAAUAUAGAACAAAAUAAUUGACUUUCUUUUGCACAAAUCAGGUCUCACUGUGAACUUUCUCAAAGCUAAUGACUAAUUAAGUGUGGAUGAAAAUGAAAGUAUGCCCGGCGUUCUCCGAGGAGCAGCUUCACUGAAUGUGCUCAAUAUCUCAUUAAUUUAAAUGAUGUAUGAAAACCAAGUAUCUGCAAAGCUCUAAUAAGUGAUGAGUUUACAGGCCGCCGGAUAAAUGAUGAGUCACGUAAUGAUAAUUUGCCGGCUUGAAUCUUAUCUGGUGAAUAAGAGGUGAUGACAUUUCUUGAUAUAAUGAUUUCAUAUUUUAGACAAAGAUAUUGUGCCUCAUGGAUACAUGUAACUCAUCUCUACUCUCUCCUCGGUGUGGGUUAUUGUUUUCUUUUUGCCCUUCUUGAUCGCAUUGAUAAUCAAAUUUCUGAGGCGUAGUCAAGCAGCACGAAAGCAAUGACUCACAACAGAGGAUAGCUCAUGUCUCUGUUGGUCAUUUGCUAAGCCCUUUUCUUCUUUAGUCACUGUUGCUAUACGGAUGUCAUGUUUUCCAGUUCAGUUUUACACCUCAUUAUAAGGAAAAACUGGCCUUGCUCAUCAUGUCUCCCUUUUCUGGAAUCAGCUGUGGCUAGUUCAGUUCAGUUUGAGGUUGUUAGCCUCUCUUUUCAUGAUAAGCUACAAUGAUCUGAACGUUUUCCAUCGAAAGUGGCAAACAACGAGAGUGUGACGUCAGAGUGUCAUUGCUUAGGGGAAGUAUGUCUGUUCGCAUCUGACAUAAGCCCUUCCUUAUAUUAGCUGCUUAUAUGCAAAAUUUCUUCAUCCGAUUAAAAAUUUGAGGGAUCAGAAAAUCUGAAUCGACUGUUUAUCUGGGUGCAAAAUCAAAUAAUCCGAUAAUGAGGUAUAUACAUGCGCCAAGUUUUAUUCAGACAAGAGGCAUUUGGACUUGUGCAGAGUUGUCUAAUUUCACUAAAACAAGCGCAGAAGAAGAGUUGUAUUUGCGCCUGUGCGAUCAACAAACCAAACAAUCGGUAUUGGCUCACUUCAUCCAGUUCAGGAUUUUUCCCUCUACUCAGAAUGGACCUGAUCCAGGUUCUGAGAGUGGUUGUAUUGCUCCUAGCGAACAUAAUUUUUAAGCAGGCCCAGCAACACAUGCUGAUCCUGUGUCACAUGAGGAAACUGUAUCCAGCAAGAAAGUCGUGUCAGACACAGACCAAUCGCUCUUGGACCCCGCCAUGUUUACGUCUUGUCAUUAAUGGCGAAAAUGCUUUGCAUUGAUGUAGCGUACACAUGCACAGUCAGUUCGUUUUGCCCCAACAGACAGUCACGCUCAGAAUAAGUGUUUACAUGGACGCAGCUCGGAAUAACAAUCGGCGUAAAUCGCCUCUCUCGAUCGGAAUAUCUUUCCAAGUGGGCCGAAUCAGGUCAGAAUAUUACGAUCGACAUGUUUACACACAUUUUUAUUCUGCUAGGGCCUUUCUUCUGAUUAUUUGUGUCCAUGUAAAUGCAGCCAGCGAGAGAGGGACAGGCAAUGCCUCUGCCUCAGCAUGUCCACUACUAAAGAAAAUGAGUCAUCUCUACCCCUUUGCUGUGAACAGAAUCAGCCCUUUGAGUGUCUUGUGAGCCCACUUCGACCUCUCCAGGGGAUACAGUCUGACCCUGAAGACCAGCCUAUGACAGAAACUGAUGUUUUUGCCACAGUGUCAACAGGCAGAGGUGAAAUGUUCCUUAUUUCUGCAGACAGAUUUAAAAUGACGUUUGUGUGGUCAGGCUUCAAAUGUAUUGUUCAGUUAAUCACUGCCGCCACAAUGUUUUGACCAAUCACGAUCAAGUAAUCGACCAAGUUUUGGUUUGGUUUUGGUUGCCCAAUAACGCUCUUGUUGUAGCUUUUAUCAGGAUGCACAGAGAAUUGAAGUAAUUCCUCACUUAUGGCUCUUGUUAUAUUGCUUUUAAAUUUAAAUUCCAUUUGCGGUGCUCAGUUGCUUUUACUUCCAAAUUUCCCAUGAUAAUCAUUCAGCUUAGGGUUUUCAAUCAAUAUUAUCAUUAAAACUGCCUAAUGGUUGUUUAUCCACCUCAUUUAUCCAUUUAAAACCAAAGCCCGGCUCCAAAGUAAAGCACCACUGAACCCUCGCUUACGCAAAGAGAAAUUUUUGUAUUUGUCUGAUUGUCCAGACAGUGACCUCAUCACCCGUGGGAUAAGACAUGUUUACGGCUGCCUUGUGUGUUAUCAUUACUACUCUCACUUAAACCUUCCCACAUCCUUUCUUAAAGGGCAUGUGUUAAAUCCAAGAAUAAAUAUGAAUGGAGUCUGAUUGGGGAGCUGUAAUCUGAUCUGGACAGGGCUUGAGAUGAUGAGAUGUCUGACGUGUUGUCGUGUAUUUUUGGCAGCGGACAAAGAUUGAAUAUUUCCUCUGGCACCUAAGGGAGUCCCUGUGCCACACACAUGCAUGCACUUCCUCAGGCUUUAUGUCAAUCCAGGGUUUCCAGAGAGACUCGGUUUUGGGAUGAAGAGGUGCCCAAGGGAGUGAGUGGUGGUGAAAGGGACUCUGGGAAAGCUCUGGCCUGACCUCCUGUUCAGGAAGUGGUUUUGGUGCUUUUGUAGCUAAUUCGUUUGCCUUUUUUUGGAGCAUAUUGGCUGUCAGUCACAGCUGAGCAUGGAGAGGGAUAUUCAUACUGUCUUGUAUUUCUAUUUGAAAAAGAAUAAUGCGGUUGAGCUAUAAAAAUGUGUUUCCAUCUGCUCCCUCUUGUCGAGAAAAACAAGAAUAUGCUACUGCAGGCGUUUCAAUAGAUUUGUCACAGCACAAUGAAGGAAGUGCUCCAUUAAUAAAGGGGUUGUACAAAUGUCUGCAGAAGCAACAAAUGCCUAUUUCCUAUCCUUCCAUUUAAUGACACAUGUAACCUUUUAUAGAAGUUAUAAUUUUAUCUAUGAAAUGGAUGUUCAUGAUUUAUCCUUGAGCCUCAGCAAACCUGAUGUGCAAACAGGCCAGACUAAAUGUUCUGCUAAUUUUCUCCGUUUCCAUUGGAUUGCUGAGUGGAUUUGCAGGAAAUCACAAAUCGAUUCUCGCUGCACCGAGCUCUCUAAUCUAUUAGUCUGUGCUCGAAAUCCCCGGUAAGAAUAGCAAGGAUAUUGAUUUCAGGAGAGGCCUGCUGCAAAAAUAGUUAUUGCAUUGUCGUUUGAACCCGUUUUGACUCUCACAAACUUCAACGUACUUGACAUAAUUGGAGAGUAAAUGUCAGAUGUGUUUUGUAGUCGAGGGAAGAAGAUACAGGGUGUAUUCAUGGCAUGGAUUUAAAGAUGGAAGAGCCCUGUCGCCAAUAGAUCUUAACCGUUGAGCCAUUUACAAGCGUUUGGGGGCAUAUUGUGUGAAUAGAGCAGCUUCUUGUCUGCCACCACAGCAGCAGGCCAAUGACUGUCUGCAGUCCUCCCGACGGAACCGCAAUAAAAACCCUGGAAACAGCUGGUUAAUGAGUCACCGCCUUUCAGUUUACGCAAACACACAAGAAAAGCAGCAUUCCCCGCCUGCAGAGAAGAUGAGAUAUGAGUCAGAACAGACGACAUCGAUUGGCACGAGUUAUCAUAAAAAAGAAAAAAAACCUGAAUUUUUACUGUGAAUCAUGUCUAUCGAUAUGUGUUGAACAAUUAAUGCCCUUGUUGAUAUUUCUAAACUCCUUCAAGAUGGAGUAAAAGAGACGGUGAGAACAUAAGUGCGGAUAUGGAGACCAAAGUUGCAGCUGUGCAGAUAAUGUACUCUGUUUGUGAUCUGAAAAUGUCUGUUUGUUUGCUGUCGCUGUUUCUAGCAUUGUAUCUAUUGAGGUACCACUUAUUUUUCAUACUUAAUUAUACCUAAACUGUCGAUUAAACAUGCGCCAAUAUUUAUUUGUAAAGUUAACAAUUAAAAAAUCACCUGGAUUUAGUCAAUGUCUUAUCAAAUUGAGUGGAAGAAAGGGCAGAUAAGCUAAGGUGUGAGAUAUAAGAACAUGAACAAGUCAACAAAGCUAUAUUCAUGCUCAGGUGAUUGUAUACUAGGGCUGGGUGAUAUGGCCUCAAAUCAAUAUCACGAUAUAAUGAGCAGUUACCUCGAUAACGAUAAAUGGACGAUAACUACUCCACAAGCUGCUCACCCACUUCCACGUAAACUUCAUCUACUUCAGCCGCUAAAAGUUUUGAACCGUCCUCCAUCUCCUCACUUGUCUUUCCCUCCUUGUUACGGCGUAGGACAGCGUCUUAAAGGGACAUGAGACCAUAGCCUAACUACACACAUCCAAAACCAACUUUUAUUUAUUCAUUUUUUUGACACUGAAUAUAUUAACAUGGGCAAAAUGACGUCUGUUAUUGCCUGAAAUGUCAGUAUCGAUAAUUCGGUUUAUCACCCAGCCCUAUUAUACACUAGUUUAAUAUUAUUCUCCUAUUUCAACCUGCUAAAUGCGUUUAAAUUCUACUACUAUGAGCUUUUAUGUUACUUUAUUUAUGCUUUCUCCCUUUUUUUGCCUGCAGCAGCUUUUGCGUUCACCCUGUUAGUCUCGUAGCAACAUCCAAAGUAGCAAGAGUCACUCAAAUUUGAGGGAAAUAUCCAGAGACACGACUUUAAAUCUGUAAACUUUUGGCACAGAUGUCACUAUUGAAGACUUUUCAGGGUUGAAAAUAUUUCCAUUUGAAUGCAGGAAUAUAUUUUUUCCGGUGUUAUAUUUUUGAGUGAGUCUCAGACUUGUCUGCGCAGCUGGCCAUUGUGAUAUGAACAGACUUGACACGAACACAAUAGGUAGGCUUAAAGACUUGACUGCAGCUGCACGGCACAGAAAGAGCUCUCCUUUUUAGCCUGUGAAGGAGGUGUUUUUGUGGCUGAAGGGAACCAAAGAGCAGUGGGUGUCCGUCUGAUCGCCGUGGGGAAUCAAUGGAGACUGUUCAAUCAGUAACAUGGUAACGACUCAGAAAAGGAGCAUGGGCGCCGCUAAUUGCUCCUUCUUUGUUUGCUAGUAAUCCAACAUUCUGCCAUUAUAGUGAUUAGGUCACUUUGGACAAAAGCAGCUCUCUGCAAAUGCCCCCCCAUGGAUGUUAUGUUUGAUGUUCAUUUGGAGACUCAUAGCUGCAUUGAUAAUUUAAUCAAAUUGGAUCACUUGUUGCUCUGGUUUCCGCUGCAUUAGGAGUAAAGAGGAAGACUGACCUACAAAAUGAGAAGUAUCCCAUUUUUAGAAGCCCUGUUGUUUUUCUGAAAAAGCUACAUACCAGAUGUUAUACAGUGACAUUUCUUGUGAACGUAGCAGGGAAUUUUUCACGCAGCAAGUAGCACACAGCAUGAGUCAUGUUGGGGAAGCAUCAUCUGGGAGUACACACCAACAGCUUCCUCUGCAACAUCCCUCUAUUUUCCGAGUCUGUUGGGAUACAUGCAUCUUGUAUUUGAGGAGAGUUGAAAUCGUAAAUGUAAGUGCCGCAAGAUACCAGUACAGUACAGUCUGUUUCUUAAAGACAGCCUCCUGAAUGUCCUUCAUUAAAAACUGCCUCUUAAACUGUAAACAUGCAGCAAAGACUGAAAAAGCUGAUUAAUGCGCUGUAGGUGGAAGAACAUUCAAGUGGUAUGUACUGGAAAAGUGUAAAAACAACUGGGCUUACUGACGGCGAAGUGAAGCCAUUAGAUAUUUCUAAAUCUCAGAUAUGACUGUUGUGAUUUUAAAUAUCAGACGUUUUUACUGGACUAGGGCUGGGCGAUAUGGCCUCAAAUCAAUAUCCGAUAUAUUGAACAGUUCACCCCGAUAACGAUAAAUGGGUGAUAACUACUCCACAAGCUACUCACCCCCUCCAACAUUAACUCCGUCUACUUCAGCUGCCGCUCCAGCCACUACAACUUCUGAACCCUUCUUUCAUUUCAUAAACUUUAAUUGUCCCCGUAGGGAAAUUUGUCGUGCACUCUCUAAUGGUCUACAGUUUGCAGUAAAAGAACAGAAACAUUAAGUGGUUGCACCAGUUGACACACGUCACACAUGCAAGAAAAGUACACAACAGCAACAAGUAUCGGUCGCCCACGUCAGCAAACAAUAAAUGUCAACCGAUCAGUUACCUGUACUGUUACAGUACACCGGAGCAUAAAAAUCAAUCAAUCAAUCAAUCAAUCAAUUACCCGUACUGAUACAGUACACAAUAAACAACACAUCUUGAUCCAUGACCCAUACUAUCACAGCACACAGCAACAACAAAUGGCAGAUGCUCCAACCAUCCUUACCUGUCCUUCAUCUCCUCACCCGGCUUUCCCUCUUUGUUACUGACUGGAUGGGGUGGAGUCAAAUCUCCGACGAAGGACAGCGUCUAAAAGGGACAUGAGACCAUAGCCUUACUACACACAUCCAAAACCAACUUUAUGUAUUAUUGUUUUGACACCGAAUAUACUGAUUUGGGUCUGUUAUUGUCGUAUUGUCGUAAAUUUCAGUAUCGGUGAAAUUUCCGGUUUAUUGCCCACCCCUAAUAGAAACAAUCAAAACUUCAACAACACAAUUAUUUCUAUAUAAGCUGGAUCUUUAAGUCUCCCUCCCACUCAUAUAACACACUGUUUGGCCCUGACCGCAACUCUGACACCAACAUUCAGAAGAAGAGACACAAGAGGAGGUGGGAAAACAAGCAGAGCAACACAUUUAGCAUCGCAGUAGUUCAGACAGGAACAUGAAAGUCAAGCUCAGCCCAGACUACAUCAGCUGAUCUUAACGCCAGCCCAUGGCAGCUGAUAGCUCAGCUGAUAACCGUCCUCACAUCCAGUUGGCAAAUGUCAGAAAGGGCCUUCGAUUUAAACUGCUCCAGCCUGACUUCUCUGUUUUGUUCUGGUUUUUUUUUUGCUGCUGCUCCUCCUGCCUCGACUUCUCAGGUCUGCAUAUGAAACUGAGGAGAGGUGUGCUCUCCCUGCUCUCACAAUGUUUCUGCCUUAGAUCAACGAUAUGUACAUUUAGGAGCUUUAAUUCAUUACAAACUGUAUCAGAAUCCUGCUUGUUUGAGCUUUUUCCACAGCAGUUAUGUUUAUGAUAGUGACAGAUGCAUCGAGGUCUCCUUUUUCCAUUCAGUGGGUAGAGUUAUCAGCUUUCCUGUCACUGCUCUGAAUUGCCUCCUUUUGUGAUCGGGUCAGCUCCGUGAUACAGUGCACAUGAUUCCCCCUGCAAACCUUCAGUGAAUUUGGGUCACAAUGUCCAUAUUGACGCUUGCUAACAAAGGCCCCUCUCUCUUCUUUGUGCAUUUCUCGUGGCAGCGGUGAAAGGCAGGAGAUACAGUUACCUCUAAUGAGAAAAUGGACUUCACACCCCAUUGGUUGUACUUUCUACCUGGAAUCCAGGACACUGUGGCCCGAGCUUCGCUGAAUAAUCUCAGUGGGAAAGCGAGCGCUUGACAGGAGAAGUGAAUGUGCCCUGAAAGAAGAAGCAUGCGUGCCGGUCUGCCUUCUGUGCAACAUGACAAAUUAUCUGCUGCCUCUCCGCUCUCGGUGCUCGCAGGGAGUAAUUGAAAGUUGCAUGACACACUCCUCCUCGGGCUGGAAACACAUUAAAUGUGUUAGACAAGAAAGAAAGAGAAAUGAGGCUCAGCGAGGAGCUCGAUCAGCAUCCCAAGGUUACAGCACGCUAUUUCACAGAAAAGAGCUUCCUGUCUCUCUGCGCAGGCUGUAUUGAGUCUGUUUCCUGGGCUCAUGCUAAUAAAUAGACAAACUGAUGUGAAGUUUCCACAGCUACUCUGCAAAUGUUAAAGACAAACAGAAAGUUUUGCAGCAGACUCUCAAUCAUCAUCAAACGCUGCCCAGAGCUCAGCAGCAGCAGGACUCGAGUCCUUUGGAAACGUAAUGAAACGUUGCAGUGACACUUAAGCCGCCAUAAUGGGUUUUCUUUCCUCUCCUUGUCAUGGCUAAUUAUGAGCUGAAAAGCAGGCCUGCUAGAGAAGGAUGGUUUUUCUGCCGGUUCAAAGGCAGGGCUGUUUCUUCAUUGUCUCUUUAAUACGAGCAGCACCUCAGUCAGCUGGCUCGAGCACAGAUCCCUGCCUGGACUCAAGUGGAGCACUCAGGUCUAUUGGGAGUCGCUCAGGCACAUGACAGCUGAAAAGCUCGCCGUGAUGGUGAGCACUUGGUUGUAGAGUUUGUUAAAAAAAAAAGCAAAACAGAGUUUCUACAGGGGUUUGUUAUCAAUCAGAGCGAGUUUCUAAAGUAGAGAAAGAAGGAGUGAUUUAUCAAGAAAUAAAGGACGGUCCAGUUUUCUUCUUUGGACAUGGUUAAGCCGGGAUAUCACCACAUCCAGAUCUGUUCUGGGUGGAUCAAAAACGCAAGCCUACAGCGCCCACUGGAUCCGAUCCGCUGUCGCAAGCGGAGGAGAAGCACUUGCAAUAUUACCAAUAUUUCUCACGAGACUGCACAAGAUCUCACGAGAUCUCAAGUGUUUCACCGUGAGACAUUGAAUGAGAUUGGCAGUGUAUACAAACACCCACAUCCCACAACGCUGGCCCCUCCCAUUAUCACGUGAGGAACAGUUUAACGUAUUGACUUUAUUUGAUUUUGAAAAUUAAACAGAUAUUUUACUCUGUAACGACAUAGAACUUUCACUGCCACGUGUGCUGUUCUGCGGUGUCUGGCAAAAAUAGAAGCCUUGCGUAUCUUAUCCGGCGCCAGAGCGGUUCCGCUGCAUUGUGCGGAAUCAUGCACAUUGAUUAUAAUGCUUGUGUAUUUGAUCAGGCUGCCGUUCUGUGUCUUGUGGAAUUUAGCCGUCACUCAGCUAUGGACGGCAUAAUGCAAUUACUCACUAAUGCUUUGAGAUGCCAUCUGUGCUUGUUCACAUGCAGGUAGUAGAGGAGGAAUGGGCGAUAAAUUAUCGUUCAUGAUAUAUUGUCAGAAAAACCCUCCAUGAUAAAUAUUUGCCAUCUCAUGAUAAAUAAGAUAAAUGCAAGUUGAUGACGUAAGCGCGAGCGACGGACUCGCAGCCAUAGACCACACAGAGCAGAAUAACAAACAAACAUGGCCGAAGGUAAUGAAGAAGACGUUUCUGAGCAGCUCGUUACUGAACAAGGGAUUUCCUUCAAGAUUGGGGUUUAGAUGAGCGCAAUCAGGUAUGCCAGACAUCAGACAGUGGAUCUGCUGUUGUUCACUCUGUGCAAUAAAUACUCAACAAGUGUUGAAAAUGUUUUCACAUUUGAGACUUGUUUGAUGUCGGUAGUUCUCUCCAUAACCUACCACUCAAACUUGUGGUUAAGUAUCUUAUUUGACUACUCCAACUGGUGUUCUCAAGACAAAAUGAGUCAAAAAUAUAGAUUGGAAUUACAAUUUUUUUUAUCGGGACUUUUAUCACUAUCGGCAGAUUGGCAAAUUUUAUAAUGAUCAUUUUUUUAGCCCAUAUCGUCCAUCCCUAUAGUAGCGCAUCACAGAAUUAUUAACCAUGCAUGUUCUUCAAUCUCAGCUUGUUGGAGGUGGUCAGAUACGUCUUAAGUCACAACAUUUCAGGCCCUCAAAACUGAAAUAAUUUGUCCAACCAGCAGGUCUACUGAGCAUGCUCAUCUCUGGUUUAGACAAGCUGCUGCAGAGCUGAGACUCACACCUCCUGCAGUGACUCCCAAAGGAGUUAACAGAAGCAUGAGGCUGUGGUUGAAGGGUGCUCGGUGCAGCUACCAGACUUCUCACAGUUAAAUUCUUCCUGUUUUCAAUCGUAUGGUGGUUGAGCUGCUUGUUCGUCUGCAAAUUAAUAAGUCUUGAAUAAGUCUCUAAACAGGUAAUGAUCUUCUAACUCCUUCAUAGAAGGCCAUCUAAAGAACCGCAAAUAUUCUUCUUUGGCACAUCGCUGCUCGAAGAGUGAGUCACUGGAGAUGUUUUUCGCCUUUGUGACGAAGGUUAAAGCUGGAAAAAAAAAAGCAGACUUACAUCCUGCUUUAGAGAGGCAGCGAAUGAACUUUGAGAGCUGAUGUUUCAUCCUGAAGGCUGUUGGAACGUUCUCCGUUAAAUUAGCAUUUAGAUGAGAAGAGUAUUAAAGUAGUUUGGAUUGUGGCCUAACAUUUGCCACAGCUGAUAAGCUGUUAGAGUGGAAAUAUUCCCUGUGGAUGUGCAAAUAUGGAACCAUGCCUGAUCCGAUCAGAAUUGUUAUUAACUCAUCAGCAUGUCCUCCUGGUUGAUUUUCCAUGUACUGAAAUCCAGAUUUAAAACAUUGCAUUAAGUAGAACAGAGUCAUGUUGCGUAAUUUUGUUGCUGUUUUAACAUCUUGAACUCUUUCUGUCGUUCUCUGCAGCUUUGGUGGUGAGAUUCCUGACAAGACGCUUCAUCUGGGAGUACGACCCGACACUAGGUAAAAACACCCUCUGUUAAUUGCCACUGCUCAAUAAACUGGAUUUCUAACUGCACUGCUGUUGCUUUUAACAAUGUGUGUCACUAUUUCUGUGGCUAAAACAAAUUGUGUCACUUCUGUAAAAACGACUUUACUAACACUUUUAUUCUUGUGUAAUAAUUUUACAGUCUUAUUAGAGGUAGAGAUUUAUUUUGACAUUUUGUGUUCACCUUUUUUGUUGCAAAGGAGUCAUUUUAAUGAAAUAAAAUCCUGAUAUCAUGAUGAAAAUAAGCAUUUGGUAAAAUCAGGAGUUCAAAGUGAUGCACAUAUUACACCAACCACAUGUCUGUACUGUGUCAGCAUAGGUAGGUUGCACCGUUCAGUAGUUUGGAGACAUUUCACUCCUGUUUUAUGAACAUCUACAGUUUUUAAGUUCAUGUUGGGUUGUGACAUAACUGUGAUUUUUGCCAAACGGUUGAAAUCUGGGCCGGCUGCUCAAUUAUAUUUCCAGACACUUCAGUAUAAUCGUCGACCAUCCAUUAUCAGCGGUUUAGACAGCCUCUCACUGCUUUCACUGCAGCACCCUGACAGCGGCUCUGUGGGUGAUUUAUCAAGUUAAAACAUCUCAAAAAACAAUAAAUGCAAUAAUCCGUUCUGGUAAAAUGUGCUCUGGUGUGCAGUCAGGUUAAAAACUGAUGUUAUUUCUCAGUGAGAAACAUAGCACAGGCGUUUUAUAAACUUGUGCAUUUAGAGCCAAUUCCCUACGCUAUAAUUACAGAGCAGAGCUGCAUCACGUCUCUUCUGUAAGGGGCUUUUUAUUUCCUGGCUGCGCAUGGCGGGUCAAAGCCCCUCGUGUUGUUCACUUGGUGUUAUUUCAACGCAGUGUCUGUUUUUAGUGAUAUGAGACGUAAUCACCAGCAUAAACGGUUCACAUUUAGGAGCACAUCCUGUCUUUUUUUUAGGACAUAACUACUCCGGAAACUUUCCUGUAGUCGUCUUUAAAUUUGAAUUUAAACAACGCUCAGAAAAUUCACUUUGUGUCGUUGUUUCCUUUUUUCUCUACAGACGUGAUUUAGCAUAAAUAACAGGUAGAAAAUAACAGAAGAUUGAAAUCUGCCUCCGUGGUUAACAAUAAGAGUUGGCUCCACCAUCGUCAUAAUGCAUAAUCACGCAUACAUGCAACACAGGAGGAUGUUUGCGUCCAAUCAGACUGCUCAGCUCGUAUUAUCCAUGAAGUGUUCAGCACAUCAUCAAAACCCUAUUAUGGGUGUAUCACACAGGUACACAGGGGUGAGCAUGCAGGGUGCUGGUCGCAGAGCUGCUUUUCAUCUAUCUCAAUAUGCACAUUAGUGCGUACAGCUCACCAUUCAUCAUUGAUUAAACAUUUAAUAUGCACCUGUUGAGUUUGAUCAGGGCCAUGAAUGAGCUCAGAUGUUCUCUACUAUGAUUACAAAUCACCAAGUGUUAUCCUGGGGUUUGAUUCUAUGAUUUAGACGAUUAGCACAUAUUCAUGAGGAACUUGCACACAUUUUUGCACAUCAUGGGUCUUGUGAAAGUGUUUUUCAUACACUCCCAAAGGGAAGCACAUCCUCUCGCACGCUAUGUUCACUAUUUCCCAAACAAAUGACCCUGACGGGACUUUCAAGUCUCAAAUCAGACAGAACCUCUCACUGAUAAGAAUCCAGACAGACUUAUUAUCUUGCUUGGGUGUUGUUUUUUGGAAUAAAGUUUGAUUUCUGCUCAGAAAACUUCCAGUUAUUCUCCUUGUGACUCACAAGAAGAAAAACAAUCAGUGCAGCCAAAUUAGAGGCAGGUUUGAGUCAUUGUGUUUGCAGCUGAUUGCAUCACCGGGAUUCUGUACAGAUGUACGUUCUUGAAAACUGUUUGGUUUUGAAAAGCAUACAAGGCCGACACGUGAGAAACAAUAGAAAUGGAUGUUGCAAUUUAACAGUUAAACCGUGUCAAUCGAUAGUAAGACUCAUGGAUAGUAAGAUCCAUACCACUCAGUGCUAGUGUUGUGUCAUUCAUGAACGAUUUGUUCAAAAGAACGGAACUGCUGAGUGAACAUGAAUGGAAUCACUCAAAGACCUGAUUCGUUCUGCUCUCAGGUCGGUUAGGAGUAAAACUGCCGCCUUUGACUCUUUGGUGAACGACACACAGCCAGCCAGCAAGCGAACAGACAGGUAGAGUCUCGUGAUUUGCUCUCAGCAAAUAAACGACAUGUAUCAGUCAGACUGUGAACAAAACGAACAACUUCUGAACGACUUGAGGCAGGCAGAGGACGGAGGAGCGUAGCGUCGUUCACGAACGGCUGAGGACCGGUUCAUUUACUGUGUAUUUAUUUUUAAUCUCUCCACUUUUCCACAAUAUAAAAGAACGAAGACUCUUGCUCGUUAAGUGGGCGUGCUGCUUGUUACUGCAUUGUUUUCACUUGCGUCAUGAUGCAAACAUUCGACGGCUCACAGACAAGUGAGUUUUUCAGGGCAUGGGAGUGAUUCUUCCUUCACAACUUGGCGAAUGAACGACAUGUGUCACCCAGUGAACGUCAAUGCGACUUCUCCCAAAAUCCCAAUCAGCGCCACUGCGUCACCCUCUCAUGUACUGCACCUGGUAGGACGGGGCUCCAAUGCACUGACUGAUUCAGUGAACAAAUCUUUUGAAUGAAUCAUUUCAAUUAACGAAUUCUAAAGAUUCAGUACAGUCAAAAGAACUGUUCUUUCCAUCACUACUCAGGGCAAGCUCUGGAGAUUCACUUAUGGACUGAAGUUACAAUAUAUGACCAAAGUGUCUUGAAAAUAAAUUUCAUUAUUCUACACACAAUAACAGAACUUAUUUAAUAAGCGUUUGCAAGUCACUGUUUUAGACUGAAGCUGCUGUCUUUCAGAGUGGGAAACGUGUGUGUGCCACUGGUGAGGCUGCCUGCAGUGUCUGCAGACAAACCUUGCGCUAGCUUAAACUGAUGCUAAUUAUGUCAAAAUGCCAUCACUUAGCGCGAUUAAACAGCCUAUCUCCAAGCAGUCCUGAUUAGUGAGCAUUAAAAAGAAUAUUAGACUGGCAUGAAUGGACAUGUUUAUAGCGCAUUUCCACUCUGCUCAUUACACACAUGCUGAGCUGCACAGUAGAGCUCCGAGUCCUAAUUUAACAUCAGUGCUCUUGCUGAUAAAAACCAGAUUAGGUUUUUAAUGGGAUAGAGGGCUGAGGGCUUUGUAUGAUCGGGAAUCCUCAUUCAACCUCCUGCACUUUGCACAUUAUUCAGUGCACACUUUCUACACCUCUUAGCCAGUGAAAGUGCAUCAAACAGUUCCAGAAGUUUUGGAUGACAUAAAUGUGGCCUGAUUGAUCAUUCUUUAUGAUUUCAGAGAGGCUUGAAUUCUUUUUUACGAUUGUUUGAGUCUUGAUUGCCGUUAAUCUCAUUUUCAUGCUGUCUCUCACAAAUUUUCCUUUCAUUGCAAAGUGUUUAACAGACUUUACUUCGAUUCUGGGCUUGCUGUUGGAUAAUAAAGAGCAGAGGGAGUUUCUGGUAUGAACAUUUUGGUUAUAAAUUAAGGUAAUAAAUGAACAUGUUUUUGGUAACUGGGAUAGAUCAGGGGUCGAAUUGAUCACCUAAGAAUGGAAACCAAUCUGGAGUAAGUUUCCAGUGUUGACAUUUGGACUCUAGUUUGACACCUUCUCCUUCACCCUUCUGCUAAAACGUCCCCGGAGCAGUGAGGGGGUUUGAAUUAUGAGGAAAGAAUUGUUUGCUGCCAGAAAAUUACUGCUUUUGUUCCUCUCCAAGGGCUGCAGAUGAGAUGUUUGGGCUUGUUAAUCAUCCCAGCAUUGCCCCCCCUGUCAGUGCAUUUAGCAACAAAUACACAGAAGGGUGGACGUGGACAGAUUGGGUGCAGCAAACAGAGUGAUGACUCCUGAAAUAGGCUGUCCCCAGGGUCUGUGUGUCAGACUCUGGUUCUCCUCCUCACAGAUGCUCUUCAUGCCUCCAGCCAACUGCUAUAAAUCGCCCCUCUGCUUGCGCCUCAGGCUCCCUGCGACUUUUCAUUUACGCCACAGGAUGCAUUUUUAUCCCCCAGAGAGGUGAGCGCACCUGGGACACCACGCAGAGGCUGCAGUGACGUCUCAUUCCAGGGCAGCUAUUUUUAACCUUCUAUCAUUGAGAAUAAAACAAACUUAGUGAAAACUCUAAAUACACUUUAGAGUUAAUAUGUAAAUAUGCUUCUUGGAAAUACAGAUCAACAAACUGAAAUUCUGUCUUUGAACUGAAGGCUCCAUUAAACACAUAAUGGUUUUUUAAAUUAUGGAGGAAUGCUGUUUUAUUUGGUUAAAUCCUCCUCCUCUCAGUACGACUGUUGCUGUUUUACUGUCUUUCUGAAACAGAAGUUAAAGUUUGUUUCUGUUUUCUUCAACAUUAAACAGAGGAAUGUUUUACAGCAGCUUUUGUUCGCUAAACUCAGGGCUGGGCAAUAUGGGAAAAAAUGUAUCACAAUAUAUUUUCUUUACAUAUCAGUUGAUAUCGAUAUAUAUCACGAUAAAAAUAAAUCACUUGUCAAUCUUAAAUGAUCCCUGUUAUGCUUAAAUGAAAUGUAACAGUGUUUAUUGGUAGCAUGUCCUUUGCAAUACAAUAAGCUACUGCCUCUUCGAUGUUUUUCGUAAGGCGUUGCGCUGGAGAAAGCGGACGGAAUUGGGCGUGCGCUGCCGUGUGGCACUGCUUCAGGUGGUGAAAAAGAUUUGAGGUAUACCCCGACUUUGCGAGAACAUGUACUCGACAUAAUUUGCAGUGCACAUUACUCUGCUACAUGUCUGACCUCAAAAAACCAAAAUACCACACCACCGACAUUUUCAUGCCAGUGUUGUCGUCGAUGUUAUCUGUUGAGCUUUCAUCUGCCUUUCUGCCGGGGGUAGCACUCAUUUUCUUUUUUUCUCACCAACAGUGUUGUCGGCUUCGCGUGUCAAAGUGCUAUGGUUGCGUGUAGCUGCAGUCUGCUACUACUACAAAGUUGUUUGCACAUGGUUGGUUCAGUGCGAAGCUGACCCAGAGCAACUCCCCUUUUCAUUGGCUAUUCGUAUAGUCUACCAAAACACGGCAGAAUGUCGACUAUCGAAAAGCAUAUUGACCAUUUUCUAUAUCGUUAUUGAGGGAAAUCAAUUUUUCAAUAUAUAUAUAAUUGUUUUAUCGCCCAGCUCUAGCCAAACUUGACAGAAAAAACUAUGAAUCUUUAGCUGCAUUUUAGUUUAUUACAAGCCUCAAAGUUUGUUGCAUGGAUUGCAAAACUUAUAACUUAAAAAGUUAUUAAGCCUAUAAUAAAUCAGAGAGAGGUGAUGUAAUCUCCCCACAGGAAAAAGUAAGCUGGUGUUUUUCAAAAAUCAAUGUUUUUUUUUCCUGACUAAGCUUUCUAAUAUUCUCCUUUCACCAGAAAAAAAAAACAUGCAUCAUAGAAAAGCACAGACAGGAGAUGAGUCACAAGCUGAAAGCAAUUGUGAGACUAGAUUCACAAAGAACAAAAGCUUUGAGAAAGUGCCAGCUUAAGCCCCUCGGUCGAGCUGAGGGCAAAAUCCAGCAGAAUCUCUAUUUUCAACAAAGGUUUGAGGGGCUUUGGCGCUCUCUCUCUGAGGUGUUUACACAGAUGGAGUUUUUACAAGGGGGCAAUCCAGGCAGAUAACUUCUGCGCUCUCUAAGGUAGAAUGAAAGGUCGGGGUCACAGUUCACACCUGUGUUCCUGCGCCGAGGAUAAGACGCUGUUAUCCCGGCUUUCAGAACAUCAAGAGGUGACUCUUGGGAUGUUUCAGGUCACUGAAGGAGUCAGCCAUCAUCCAGGAGAAUGAUCCUGUUAAAAAGUAAAAAAUAUAAUAAGAUACUAAGAAGGAUGAAAACAUGUCUGUCUGAACCAGGCAGUGAACCAGCAUGUCUUCAUAAUGUGAUGGCUUAUUAAAGCGUCUCGCUUCUGGGAUACAACCAACCAGUGAAUCAACCAAUUAUGGAGGUCAGUGGUGCAGGUCUGAAGUGAAAUUUCAUUGCUAAACUAUCUUCUGUGGCUGUUUCAGGUGACGCUGUAGUUGGCAAAAGAAAAGAACAGGCAGUCAAAACAGAGGGCAAAGUUCAUGGAGUGUGUCUGCAGCAUGGAAACUAAUCACUACCAUCAUAAGAACUGAUCAAAAUCAGACGCAGCUGUAUUGACCAAAUUUGUUUGCACAUACAAGAGAUUGAACUUCGAAGAUAGCUCCUGUUCUGAGCUGGUGCAGGAAGUACAUCCCCUGCUGGGUUUUCUGUUCCCACAGUGUCUAGAUAAAGGAUUCAUUUGGGGCCCUGCAGGUGUCCGCUGUACAGUCACUGUUAGAGGUGUGAGGCUGGGGAAGUAAGUGCGCAGUCAAUGCCACAGUCUUCAGCGAGUUUAGCUCCAGAUGGUCGUCACCUGAGCUGUUCAUUUACCUGUCGGCGUGCAGACUCAGUGAUUUAAAAAAGAAAAGUCUAUAUAUUCUUGCCGCCUUCAUUUCCAAAAUUACUCAUGAGCCUUACCGCCACAGCCUCAGAAGACGUACAAUGUUAGCAGAUUCAGGGCCUGAUUCUCAAAAGGGUUAAAGACCCGCUCCAAUGAAAAUCAUGUUUUUCUUGUCACCUACAUGUUCAUAUGGCAUUAUUUAAAGCUAGCUGACAUCAUAAGAAAACUUAUUGCGAAAUUGCAUAUCUGAGUAUUUCUGUAUUCAAAUCGCUGUGAAUCUCUGGCAGACCCAAAUGGCAGGGUUAGCAACAGUGAGAUUUCUUAUGUCACAAUUCCAAGCUCCGCCCCCGGAGCCCCGCUAUGCAGGCCACACUCUAAAAAAUAGAGAAGACAAUCAUGGAACAAGCGUGUGUGUUGGCGGAUUGCAAUGCUCGUAAGAAAGCUAAUUAUAGUAUUAGCUGUCAUCUUGUCCCUAAAGACAUUAGUGUCUGAAUAACUCCUCUGUUACCUGCCACUUCUACUACACCAGCAAUGUUAGGCUGCAAGCUAGCAUGAAGACGGGUGUGCAGAGCAGCGCUGUCUCUACCCACAACUCAGAAGUAAAUUGCUAAUGAGCUACUGGAGCUCUGCAGAGGAAAAGUCCUUGAAAAUGACACAAGUAAUGCUAAAAACUUCAUAACCACAAUUUAAAAACCAACUGAGAAAACUUUAAAUAGUAUAAGAAAAACAAUCGAACUUGGACUUUUAGUGGUUUUUAUGCAAAAAUCUGUAUAAAUACUCCAAAAACCACAUCAUCUAACUUCAAGCUCAUUCAAAGGGUAAACUGCCUCACGAAGAGUGCUGCAGAGCAGAUAGCAUCACCUUUUGCGGGGGUGGUCUGCAUACAUUUUAAUCAGCUGUUAGGCAUUAAUUUAGAGCUAAGUAGUAACCUUGACAUGCAAAUGAGCCUCAUUGCAACCAACACCUUCUUCUGAAAUACUGGCACCAGCAGCCACAUGCUAUUAAGCUUAAGGUCUACAAUGAUCAUGCUGCAAAAUAACUGUUUUAAAGCAGAGCUGAAUCAAUGAAGGCUGAUCGAGUAAUAUUUCAUUUGCAUUAAACUUGCUGCCAAACCAGGUGCUUUUGCUAAACUUCUUAUCCAGCACACUUCACUGGGAGCAGAUGAGGUGAACUCCCUGUUCUUCUUCUUGUUCUGAGCAUGUCUUUUGUGAACACUAUGCCCUACCUGCAGCAAAAUACGAAACACUAUAACAGCUGUACGAGGCUAUUUGUGCUCUGAUGCAACAGACGCAGUCAGAUAAGGUCAGACAAAAUCCUUCAAGACAGCUACGACAACAUGACGGAGAGAGAGCAUAAAAACCUACAAAGAGCGCAGAAUGGCUUGAAUACGGGCAAUUUUUGGAUCAAAGUGGCACUCAGUCGACAUAAAUAUAUACAGAGUUUACUUGUGGUUUGUGCUGUGUUGCUCCAUUACAUAAGAAAAUAAACUCGGAUCAGGACCUGGCAUUUGAACAUCCCUGACAGUAAUUCUUCCAAACACGGGCUCUUUGUGGACAUGAUAUUUUAUGCAAUGUAAUUAGUUUCACUCCCACGUGUCACUUUUAUAAACUCAUGAUUCACAGCUGAUUUAACUCUAAAUACCAUAUUUGUCUCUCCGUGCUCUUGUGGUCGUACAGAAUCAACAUAUCGUCACCAAGCGAACAUCGAUGAUGAGGUUGUCACCAUGGAGAUUCUGGACACUGCAGGCCAGGUGAGACCAGUUACACUUGUAGGCAAGCAUAUGUCAAAUUACCCAUAGGUUAAUACACACUGAUAAUAGAGAACGGAUAAAGCCAAGUACUUAAAGAGUGUAGCGUAUAGUGCUGGACUAAUUACACUAGGGUCAGAGUCUACGCUUAUAAAGAGCUUUAUUUUUACUUAAUUGUUCCUUCUUGACAUUGUCCAGAUGACAUAAUCAAGACCUGCCAUAACCCCCUUAUACACAUGCUGAUUAAUUUUUCAUCUACAGGAGAUGAUUUUCUUUUGCUGCCUGUUAUAUUUGGGAAUGCUCUUGUUUUAAGAAUUGUAGGACUUCAGACUGGACGGCACUUUCAGAUGUUAAUUUCCUGUAGACCGACAGAAGCAUUCAAGGUCCUGGCCAUGAGGGAGAGCUUGUGUAAGUCCUCCAGCUGAAGAUAAAUAGACCGCAGUGCUGCUGUGUAGGUGUUCUUCUCACGGCUGAUUUCCCCCGCGACACUUAAGCCAGUCAUCUCUCUAUCAUUACAUUGUAGUCUAUUUUCUACAGGCUCGGACAAGGUAUGACUGAUUCCAGACGCGGCUGCGUUGGCUGUUUGGCCUCUCUUGAAUGUGCCUGUAUCAAAGCUUUGUGCUAUUCCUGUAAUGAUUUGUGGAGGCUGAAUCCUCUCUGUCGCUCAUAAAUCCUGAGUUCAAACACUGGGCAGAUAUACAAAGGUUAACUUUUCUUCAGUCUUUUGAGGGUUGUGGUGUUUUCUUAAGCUUCCUCCCUCAAUAACUGUGAGUUUAAGAUCUUAAAAGCUCCUCUCAGCUACAUCAUGAUUUAAAGUCUGCAACACAGGAAAGUCCUAGAAGAGCUGGACUGACUUUUUCUGCUUGACUUGAUUAAAUUAGUGUAGCAACUGUGAAAGUCGUGUUGGUUAACUUCUGGCUGUUGUUACAACUGAAGACGUUCGAUGUGAAGUAUUUAGUAGAGAUGUUUGUCUUUAUUGUAUCAACUGAGUCUUAGUGAAAUUUAGCGAUGUCAGAUGUUCGGGUUAGGGCUUGUUUUAGUUGUUGAGGGCUUAAUACAGCUGUCAUUGGUUGAGUCCAAGCGGAGAAAGUGUGAUGGUGCGUUCCAGUUACCUCAGAAGUUACUCUUAACUGUUGAUGCACUGCGCUGCCAACUUGGAUUGCCAUCAAGUCGGGUUGGUGAGGAUCAUUCCAGAUGAAUUUCCGACUUGGAGCUUGGAAAGUCCGUCUUCUGAGUACAACUGGAUUCAGUCGAUGUUUUUUCAGUCACAAAUCACUCCAUUACAUUUUUUUACCAGUGAUGACCACAUGGCAAAAUCCUUGUCAUGGCAGAACGUUAUGGUACUGAAACUAGUACAACUUUGCACAAAGACUAGUCAGAAAUGAAACUUUUCGUAUAGCAAAGCCACGAACAAGCCAAAAGAGGACACUGAGUUUGCCUCUCUGACGUCUUUACGCAGGGAGUUUCACAGCUGUGGAUCAUGAACUGCAGACGGUCAUUUACCUCCUGUGACCUCACAGGGAGUUAGCCGCUCACAGAUACGAGCUGGAGCCUGGCUUUUUAAUGCUUUAAAAAACAGGCAGUAAAAUCUUGCAACAUAUUCUUAAAGUUGCCGGUAGCCUGUGAAAGAGCAGCAAGAACCUGGUCUCCUAGAAGUCUGGCAGCACCCUCACUAAUACCAGAAUAAAGUAGGAUUGGGUGAUAUGGCCUCAAAUUAAUAUCACAAUAUAUUAAGCAGUUUACAUCGAUAACAAUAUAUGGACGUUAACUACUCCACAAGCUGCUCACCCCCUCCUACAUUAACUUUGUCUACUUCAGCCUUCGCUCCAGCUGCUACAACUUUUGAACCGUCCUCCAUCUCCUCACCUGUCUUUCCCUCUUUGUUACGGACUGGAUGGGGUGGAGUCACGUCUCAGACGUAGGACAGCGUCUUAAAGGGACAUGAGACCAUAGCCUACCUACACAUAUCCAAUUUUUGACACCUAAUAUAUUGACAUGGGCAAAAUGAUUGGUAUUGGUAAAUUUUCGGUUUAUCGCCCAGCCCUUGAAUAAAGUCCAUUACAGUCGUCCAGUGUGGACACCCAGGCAUGGGGACAGAUUAUGAAUGUAGUUAGGAGUGAGUGCAGGGGGAGUUACUACAAUAAUUUAGAUUUGGAGUCAUCAAGCUCUUUUUUAAAAGAUAUGAAAAUGGCGCUGAUUUUAUUCAGAGCAAGCAAAAGCAGGUUUGUUGUUUAAGGAAUCUGUGAAACUAGAGGUACAUGAAUUUGCAUUUGUCUCCAUUUUGUGUCUUUAUCUCAGGAGGACAUCCAGCAGAAAGAGGGUCACGUGCGCUGGGGAGACGGAUUCGUCAUCGUGUACGACAUCACAGAUCGAGGAAGCUUUGAGGAGGUGGGACCUCUACGAAGUUUACUAGAAGAGGUGAAGAAACCAAAAAAUGUCCCUUUGGUCCUCGUGGGCAAUAAGUCAGAUCUGGACCACAUCCGGCAGGUCGCCACAGAGGAAGGCGAGCGGCUGGCAGCUGAAAUGGCGUGCGCCUUCUACGAGUGUUCGGCAUGUGCGAACGAGGGCGGCGCCGUUGCUGAGGCGUUCCACGAGCUGUGCCGGGAGGUGAGGCGCCGCAAGGCUGUGCAGGGGAAGGCCAGGCGCCGCAGCUCCACCACGCACGUCAAACAGGCCAUCAACAAGAUGCUGACCAAGAUCAGCAGCUAG